GUAACCUGUCCGCCGCGGUGGAUCGGUACACGUGGAGGUGAGGGGCGACCAGGAGGACGUAGACGCCACUGGUGUACACCGCAUACCACAGGAGGACCUGGCCUGAGCGACCGGCAGAAAGAGAAGGAGGAGGAAAAGAAGGAGGAGAAGGUGGUGGAGGAGGACCGGUGGGGGGUUGAAAAAGGUUGGCGAGAGAGUGCCGGUGUUGGAAGAAAGAAACGAACGGCCAAGAGGCGGCGGGCAAAGGGACGACCAGGUAGAAGAGGAAAGAGGAGCCACGGGCAGGUAGCAGUUGGUGGGGAAGCCGUCAGAAGGCGGCCAUAAUGGCCUGACGCGAUCUCGAGCGAGCGGCGGCUACAGCUGCUGCGAAAUAGCCGAGAGCGGCUCUCCUCGUCGUCCACGCACGCGUAUUUUGCAACCGCGGACGGGCUGCGUCUUUGGAAAGUGACUGCGUAAUCGCGAGUGGAGUGUGUUACCGGGUGGAGUCCUCGCUAACGUUGUUCCGUGUGUACUGUAUGGUCGCGUGUGUGCUUGCGAAUUUCUAUUCCCGAUCGACUCGAUGCUCGGACGGUGUUCGAUGAUUCGACGGUUCUGGAUCGUUGGUAGCUACUUUGCCAUCGCGCAUACUCUCUUCGACUUCCUUCUCUGAGUAUUCCUCGCGGUGAAAGAGGGAGACGACCUGGGAAGUUGAGAAGAUUUUCGGCGCUAGAGAUCAGUCGGACCAGUCUCGUUCCGGAUCAUUCGCAGAAAUGAGGGGUGCCAAUCAGGACACGGCGACGCCGUAUUGUCGCUGUAGAGUCCUCUACCUGGGAAGCUCCGUGCCCCAUGCCAGUAAGGAAGGUUUGCUAGGGGUUCAGGAACCCUUGAGGGAACUGUACCCGGAACAGGGUGCUCUGGGAGCACGUGGACUCGACUCCUGGCUGAGUGUCUGGAGCAAUGGCCUGCUACUAGAGAAUGUCGACGAGCACCGCAAGAAGGUCACCAGGUUCUUCCCCAUCGAGGCGCUUCACUAUUGUGCCGCGGUCAGGCACGUCAAAGGCGGAAGCAGCGACGCCUCGAACACGAGGUUCCUGCCACUGGACUCGCCGUUUGCCAGAACGCCCAGCGCCAAUCAUCCGCCUCUUUUCGCCGCGGUUCUACGACGAACCACCGGUAUCAAGGUUCUCGAGUGUCACGCGUUCAUAUGCAAGCGCGACAUGGCGGCCAACGCCCUGGUCAGGUGUUGCUUUCAUGCGUACGCGGACAGUAGCUAUGCGAAGGGUCUGGACCCAGCGACCACGACGACGAACGGUGUCACCGGCGGUCAUCCUUCGAACAACAGCCUCUACCAUACCCUCGGUGGAUCCAGCACUACCUUAGACAGCCCUCAAGCAACGCGUUUGGACACCACGUCGACGGAUGACCUGAGUCUCUACAAUGGAGACGAGAAUCACAAGGUCUGGGCCAGGGGUCGCGAGGAAGUCGACGGUCUGUACCAAGAACAGGGCACUCUGAGAAGCACCAAGGGAUCCAGACCUCGUCAGCUGGUCGCACCACCUCCUCCACCUCCACCACCGCCUCCACCCGCUCAACCCCUGCUUCUCGAGGAGUCUUCAUCCUCCUCGGUUCGCAGGAAAGCCAACAAGAAGCUUAAGAAGCUGAAGAACCGAUCGUCUCACGAGGAUCCCUUGCAGCAGGCACACCUGCAUCCUCAGCUUCAUCAAGGGAUGUACACCAAUGGCCAUGGACAUCAUACUCUGGGUCAUCCGGUCAGGCAGCAACACUAUCAUCCUCAUCCUCUGCCACCUAGCAGUCGAUCAGUGGCAGGAACUUUAGCCAGACCAGCGCCAGUUUUGUUAGUCCCCGCUGCCACCUUGCCCAGGAAGGCCCACCACCAUCCCAAAGGGCUCAGACCGAUCCCAGCAGCCGCUCCCAUCGUUCCAGUGUACGCCCCGCUUCCGGUAGUGCCACCUCCGCCAGCUGCAGCCAUUUAUCCGGCCGGAACUUACGGGACGGCUGGGAACAGAGGCAGGAGGCAGCAUCCUGAGGCGGAUACUUCGACUUUGGGAGCUUCCAGGAGGCUGGCUGCCUCCCACGCGGACUUGACUACCGCCGAAAUGAACAGAGCAGCUGACAGUCCGGAGAACGAGUCGCGUUUUGGCACUGGGAUCUACCGGCGGAAGGGCCAUCUGAACGAGAGGGCGUUCUCCUACAGCAUCCGGGCGGAGCAUCGUAGCAGAAGUCACGGAAGUCUGGCCUCCCUGGGCUUCAGCGCACAGAAUGGCAACGCGCUGCCCAAAGAAGAGAAGAAGGACAGGGAAAUAGCUCAGUUGGUAGCCGGUUUGAAUUUGGACGACAGUCCGGAGAGAGCGCAACUGCCAGUCAACUCCAGGAGCGGUUAUUCUCACCAUCAACAGCAACUGCAGCCUUUGCCCAGGCCUCGACCUCGUUAGGACCUCUCGAGUUAUCGUUUCUUGUCGUAAUCGCUCGCCAACCGACUCGUCCAAGUCUGGAAAUCGUUGGAACUUGCACUGGUUAAGCCUGGUAAAUCUUGGUCGGUCGAAAAACCAAGUCGGACGAUGCUUGACCCAAGGUUUGACUAACGAGGACUCUUUGUUCCGUCAUGGAAUUGUGCACGGUUUAGUUCGGGACUGGACAGUUCAUAGUCAUAGACCUAGCUGACAGUGUGUACCGACUUGGACCGAUUGUCUUCCGUUGAAUAGCAACGCGAGGCAGCUGUUGUCCAUUAUUUUCGAGAUGAAAGUGUUUCUGUAGGCCGAAAUUUCGACUCGUUCUCCGGAGUCCGAAGGGAACCGUUAAUCGGGGCACUUGUUCGAGCGGAGGAACAGGGGAAAAGGGUCUGUUGGAUCGCGGCGUCAGCGUGGAAAAUCGCGAUGGGUGGUCGAGCCGUGUCCAACUGGUUCAGUUGGCUUUCGUUUCUCGGAACAGCCUUGCCCGAGUAGGAAAAUUACGGACGGGCAAAAAGCCGACGAACACCCGGCCUCAUCUUCGUCGCGCAGGUUUCUACCUGUGACCUCGAUCGUCUUAUCUCGAGAGUCGAUCGCCUUUGUCGAAUUAAGGACUUCGAUCGUGGGACGCCCCGAAAAAAACCUCGACUGCAGAUCCGUCUCGAGUAAAUUGCUUUUCGAGCAUUUUUCUGCAUCCAAAUGGAGUUACGUUUUACGGUCAAAUUCUUUUCUCCUUCUCGCCAUUUCGAUCAUCGUUGCUUCUCUUCGCGUUGUCAAAGGUUCGAUGCUUUUUCUCGUGCGUUUCCGAUCGUGGUUGGCGAAAGAGGUACCAUGAGGUAACACCUCGCGAAGAAAUAAAACGAUCUUCCUGUCGAGAAAUGAACAGGCUAAUUGGACGAGCUCGAAUUAUUGUCGCCCGACCAAGAAGAUCGUUCUAAUGGCUGGAGCUCGUUAGACACAGUACAACCACGCAAUCUCGUAAUAUUUCCUCCGAGAAAAUAAGCGAGUAGCUUUGCCCAGGAUCCAUCGUUUCGUGGAAACUAGGCUUUCGUGGAUCCUCUAGCAGAAAGUUACACACGAACCAUGUUGCUCGGUUCGUUUCUUAAAAUAUAUUCGAUCAUGAGAUUUUUCGCUUCAGACAAUUGGAGGAUCGACUGUCUCAAACGUUUCUACUUUCAUAGCUUCGCGAUUCUUCGACGAAAUCGGAUAAAAAUACUUUGUUCUCUUUCCUUCUUCUUUUUUCUUACGCGAGGCCAAAAGUUCACCACACUUCGGGGAUUAUCGAGGAAUCGUAUCAACGGUCGAGGCAAUUUUCCUCUAGAAAAGGUAACGCGACGAUUUGAAUUCCCGGCGCAUGAGUUUCAACCAACUCGCUUCGUGAGAACGCGAACGUUAAUCUUAAUUGCGUGAGAAAAAGUUACGCGCCACGGAGGGCAAAAGAGCGAGGGUUUCGAGACGAGACGAGAAACAAAACUUUGCAUCUUGCCGCCUUGCUUUCUUCCCUAGGGAAAAACUCGAAUCGAACGAGUCCUGAAGAAACCCUCGAUUUUUUCCGCUAUUAAAUCACGCGAAUCUCGCGACAAGCAAACAUCGCGAACGGGUAAUCUACGUGGAUAAAUUCCGCUGUAAUAUCGUUUCCAUGACAAAUCAGGUUUCGUAAGCGCGAUUAAGUGCGAACCGGCCUUGCGAUAUUAACCUCAAUUUCGAUAACACCUACUAAUUAUUUCGAUCUAUAAACUCUCCCGGGUAAUACGCAGUGAUUAUCCGAUCGCAUGGUCUCGCAGGCCGUUCUUUAUUUCUCAUUUAUUUCUCAUUUCACCUUGUUUUAUCAUUUUACGCGUGCAACGUCGCGGUGGCGAUGGCCGCCGCGACGCCAACGCAAACAUGGCGGAAACGGCGUGUGUCACGUUCCGUCGACGCUCCGUUUUAUCUCGUGGAAAAAACAACCGCGAUAACGAACGACUGUUUAAUAACAGCGGAGACACCGAGGUUACUCAAGCCUGACAAUUCGACGCGACUCGCGUAAUCGCGUGCGGGAUCGCGCUCAUGAGAACCGAAUCUGGGAAGAGUCAGGCGCAAUUUCGUGCAACAUGCAACAGUAUCACCGCUACUUGCAAUACGUUCCGGACAAUUAACUUGAUGAUCGUAAUUAGAACAAGGCUUAAUGGCGGGGAAAAAUCCGCGAGACUUCAGUUCCUCCGCGUCAAAGUAGUGGUUCAAGAAAUAAUCGAGCUUUGCAAGAAAUAAUUUCGAAUAUCGUAAACAUCGAGAAUUUGGAGGUUAUGUAAACCGAGGAUAUCGUGUACACGAGAAUUAAAUCUCCCAGUUAGGAUGAACUGUUUUGCCGUUAAAAUUACGUCGGGGAAUUCGAAGCUCGAUUAACAACGUCGACGGGAAAGAGGAAAAAAGGGGCAAAACAGACCGAAUUAACCUGAUAUUUUUACGACUCAAUUCAGAGGCGCGCGCAUGUUUGCUCGGGCAUCGAGUAUGCCUGUUUCGAAACUGGUUACAGACACCUCGUAUGCACGAAUACCCAUUCCUAUCGUCGCGUAUGCAUAUACAAUUAGGCUCGAUUAUUAUCGAUUCGCGGCCGAUGUCAGCCGGUUACGCGCGCCAAGCCGCGUUUCGUCAUUCGGAUUUUUCUCCGGUUGUCUCGCGUGACGUUCGUUCGUGCCGACGAAACAAUUUGCAUCCAUGGAAAUGCGAGUUUACCGCUCCAUUUAUCCCGCGUUUUCCUUGGAAAUCGGUGAACUCGCUUUUAUCGGAUCGCGGAUCGGUGACCUUUUCGAAUUCCUUAACUCACGUUUCGCGAUCUCUCGUGAUUAGACGCGAUUUUCUCGUUAUUAACCUUUCCAGAGCCGAAUGUAUCGGGGUUGGAAAAGAACCGUUACUUUUCACAUUUUAAUUGCAAUUCGAAAUAUAUUUUUAGACAUUGAGCAACCUAGGUAAUAUCGUAAAAUUUUUCACAGUGUAUGAGAAUAGAUUAAACGGCAAUAAAUGGAAGUUAAUAGCAAAUGUUAAUCGUCUAUGAAUCGAAGGAAAAAGUCGAGGGAAUUACAACGUUCGACUCAGAUACGCAAUGCUUCCCGAGGUGAAGAGGGAAAAAGAAUGGUGUAUAAAUGUGCUUAAUGAUCGGCGAACGGACGUAUGCAAAUGAGCUGGUAACAUUCCGUGGAAGCGCAUUCUAUACUGCGCUUCAUCGAUCGCAUUGAUCGCUCUGUGAAAAGUGUCUGUCGAUUUCGUAACGAGUUUCUCCGUUCUCGUGACACGUAACCCGUGACGAUCUAAGAAAAAGAGGAAAAAUUAGGGGAAAAAAGAAGAAUUGCGUGGUAGUUUCAAGGUAUCCCGAGUGCAAUGGACCGAAUUACGUAGCUGAAUGUAUAAUUCGUAGAUAUCGGAACCCACGUGCGCUCCACAGAUCUAUUUACAGAGGCUAGAGCUAGUUUUCCCCAGAAAAACCAGAAUGGGAACGGACGUGUUAUUUUGAAACGCCAUUAAUUAAAAUUCGAAAUAUAAUUUCGAAAAAAGAAAACGACUGAAACGUUUCAUUAUUUCACGGGUUACUCGCCACGUCAAAAUCGAUAUAUCAUAGAUAAUUAUGCCUGGGUUACUCCAAAACGAAUUUUUCAAAAUUCUAAUCGAGCUGUCAGUCUUCGUUCGAGGAGGAAGUAAUCGACCAUGUCGUUGCUGUUAUCUCGACGAGUGAGACAGUGGCGUGUUUGGCAAACGGAAACGCGCACGUAGGCAUGCCAAACAAUCGCUUUUCGUAAGCGCGUUCGCGGUCAAAGGAGUUUAUGAAACGCUGACCUACUGACACUUAUCGGCCAGCAAAUUGAACCCCGUCUUGCGCCAGCACGAAAAUUCCUUUCACUGUUCAUAAACCGAUUGUCCUCGAAUGGACCUCUUUUCACCUCCAAUGACGUCAUUGUUGCAGGAAAAUCGUGUCUAAUCACCUUGCCAUUAUAUCAGUCGUAACGAGAAGUACAGAAGAGUAGAGAGAAGGAACGUGAAGAUCAAUUUCGUUUCGUACAGACGAUCCACCAAUUGUUCUAUAGCAAUGAAAGAGAUUCGCCGAAUAGGUCAUCGAAUUUUCCACGCCGAAGUCGCGAAUUUCCCCUUAGUCGAAGCUGUCAACUGUACACGGCAGUGCCUCCGUUCUAUUCGCUAAUUGUCCUGUAAAUUUCGACAGAGAGCGCCACAAGCGCUACCCCGAAUGGUCCAGCAUGGGAAUCAGUGCCAAACGCCAUAGAGUGCCCGACUUAGCAAAUCGUAUCGCAAUUUAUUGCCCCUUUUAACGCUGUCGUUUAAUUCCUUCGCUGUGCUGAAUUUAGCAGAAGCUUCCUGGACCUAGAGCCUAAUGGGGAUGACACGCGAGUUUUCGCAGAUUCGCCUAGUCAUUAGGGUUAUCAGGCUGGAACGAGAGUCCCGCUCGCCUGUUCUUUAAGCUUAACAAAAAUUAGCCUGACUUCGUGAGAGAGUAAUUCGUUCGUCCUUCAAACAGCUCACGGAGGAAGUGGAAUAUUCGAAUUUUACUGGAAUAUUGUCUAUUAAGGAUCACGUUAUUUCCUAAAUUUCGUCUCCACAGCGAAAGGAUUAAACGAAACUCUGAAAGGGAGUUCGACACCUGGCUGGCUGCGACGUCCUCGGCUCUUAAUCGCGAUCGAGGACAAGGUUAAGAGUUCCGUGACGAAAAACAGCACGGUGUCGGAAAGAGGAAGCAAGAAGCAUGAUAGAUCGCGACGAUCUUCGAUAGUUGCAAGUCAGGACAGAGGUGGAACUGGAACUUAUUUAUUUAAUCGCAUGUGCCAGAUGAUUGUAUAGGAAAAGUCACACCAACCGGAGUGUUCUCAACACGACGAUAAUUAUUACCUUGCGACCCUUCGAUCGAACAGGACCGUACCGUGAUAAGUAUUUGUAGAGCAAAGUCGCCCCUUAUAUUCUCUCCUCUGUUAAAUUCAACUCUCGAUAAUAAUUAUAUUUUACGUAACAACAGACACCACUGCUUUACUCUGCAAAUAACUACACGUCGCCGUAAAGGGGGUUACGAAUCGUUAACGAUCGAUAGUAGUUACAGUUUCUUCGGUUUUCUCGCGGGGAUUAUCUCGUUAACUCUUCGUCUCAUAGUAGACCAGACGAGAUUGAGACGAACACCGUGAAGAUCAAGCGCAUCGACGAUAAGGAAAUGGCAGCUUGAACGAAGAGUUAACCGGCGAAAAUUAUGCGAGAUUAUCGCGAGGCGCAAAACGAUUAUUUAUUUAUCGUGGUCUGCGCUCGUUCCGCGGACGUGUAACGUAAUGAAAAUAUAUUUAUCGCACGGCGAACGAGAUGGCGUCUCCGCGCCUCCGUUUCUGGUAGUUUCGUGUCGCCUGAGAUCGUGCAGACUUCUCCCGUGACACGCUUACGUGCAUAACCACGCGUCCUCUUACGUAAGCCUUUAAAGAUCACCGACUCGAGCAUGCGGAAUGCUAUUUCCUCGUGAGAAGGAUAUUCAAUAAAAUUAAAGUAUUUUUUUCCUCCAACUAUCAUUCUUCCCCCCCUUUUGUAACUUUCUGGCCAUCUGUGGCCAUCUGGCUAACUAU